AUGAAGAUUUUCGGAACAUGCUUUGUUAGUUUGGCCUUUCUUUGGAGUUAUCUUGCGUCAAUAACUUUAGCGGAAAAGACGCUUCUCAACUCAAAGUUUCAAGAACAGUGCAAUGGUAUUUAUUCCAAAUCCGAAUCUGGAGGCUCUUUGAAUCCUGCAAUAUAUAUCAAUUGGACGCAACCUUGGGAUGUGGAAAACGAAAUUGAAGUCUUGAUCUUCCGUUGGAAAGAUAUACAGCAAAUAGGAAAAACUAAAGAAAAUAAUGAGAAAGCGUAUAUUUGUGAUUAUGAUGCUGCUUAUACAUACCAUUUCUGUGAGCCUGAGCAAGUAGGCUUAUAUAUUUGGAAUGCUACUUCUGCAAAGACAGUUCGUUCACAAAUUGUUUCUUCUUACCCAACCAACAUAGUAUACGAUAUAAGCCACUCUGGAUAUUACUGCAUUUGGACACAUUCACUAAAGGAUAAACCAUACCAGGCUCUCGUCAAUUGGCAAAAUGCGUAUGGUAAUCUACCAGCUUCUCAAUAUCCUCGCUUGCCUUUAUCUGGCGGAAUAACUAUUGCAUACAGUGCAAUUUUGGCUUUAUGGAUGUUUUUUCGUUUUCAAUAUAAAAAUUCCAUUGUACCUGCUCAGCGUGUCUUGCUGUUUGUUUUUGUUUUUUCAUGUAUCACUCAAGCGUUAACAUCUAUCAUUUUGGAUACAAAGAACCUUCGAGAUAGGACGAGUUUUACUUGGAUCUCAGAAUUUAUAAUCUCGGUAAUAUUCUCCUUGGAGAAAUUGUUUGACUUUAUUUUGUUGCUUGUAUUUUCUUGGGGAUAUACGAGCUAUUCUCCAAAAAUUACUGAGAGAUUAAUGAAACAGCACAGUCUACCGCUAAUCUUUUUGUUCCUUUCUUUAUUUUCCGUCAAAUUUUUUGGUAUAUCUAUUCAGUCCAUUCACCUUGGUUUAUGGUAUGGAGUCUUUUUAAUCAUUGCUGUGUCCUCCUCAUUGGUAUUGUUGUAUCAAGCUUUAUUAUAUUUUCCUACUACGCUUCAAGCGAUGAUAGAAAAAGAAUUCGUCUUGUUGCAUAACAAUUUUAAAGUAUUACGCAUUUCCGCUACUAUAACCAUGAUCUUGAAUGCCGCUUUCGGUCUUGUUGCUUUUGCUCUUUGUUUCAAGACUAAUCAUUCUUCUUCAUCCAAAAUUUGGAAGUUCCGAUGGUUUUUCAUGGAUGGUUGGAUGGAUGCCUUACAUCUAAUUUGUCUAAGUUUGUUAGCAUUCUUAUGGAGACCUUCUCCAAAAAACCGUGAACUUGAUCCUCAUGGAUUAAAUUACCCAGAUUUUGAUCCUCGUCUUGAGGAAGAACUACAUUUGAUACAAGAAGACAUUAACCUGCCAUAA